AAGGGUUUCAAAACAUGAGCAUUCAGCUGAGGGAUAUUUUUAAAAUGUGUUACAAGGGAAAUUAUCUCUUCGGCAUCAGGUGUUGUUCAUCUUUUUUUUUCCUUUUUCCGGCCUCUUGAAUGUUCUGAAAUGUUCAAAUACCAUUUCAACUAAAGCUGCUGAGACAAUAGACUCUAAAAGCAGGGACUUUUCUUCAGGAAAUUUUUAAUGCGUUUAUUAUGCUGCUUAUGAACUCCGACAUGAAAUUCCUAAAUGAACUAAUGACGAGUGAUGGAACUUGUCUACAUAUAAAGCCGUCAAUAACAAGAGCUUCCAGGCCUUUGAUCGACUGCAGCACCGCAUAAACACUCCCACACACUUAGAGCUCAUCAAGUACCCAGAAUCAGUAGAGUUUCCUUCGCUCACCACAGAUGAGGCAUUUCUGUGACAGUCACUUCCUCCUGUUAGUGAAGCUUGCAGCGUCUCAGGCAUCUGUACAUGUGGCGGCUUGCCUGUUGCGGGAUGAAAGCCAAGGUGUGGAGCUGUGUGUUGGGACUGCUCUGCAUGCCUGCUGAGGUUAUACUUAACACCAGGACAGCUUCCCAAAGCCCCUUGACCAUUUCAAAUGUUAGGGUCAAUUCGUCACUUGAGAUCAUAUGCACCACAGCCCUGGAGAACACCACAGGCCUCGCUCUAAAAAGGCGUUUCCUUCGAAAUACGGAAAUUAUAUACCUUUCGUUUCAAAAUGGAGUUGUUACCAAGAACACUACCGCUGAAAAAUUUAGAAACAGAAUUGGCAUCACACAAGAGCAGCUGGAUCUGGGGGUCAGGUAUAAAUUCAAGCUGCAGCUGUCCCUGCUGGAUGACACAGACUUGUAUUACUGCCACUGGACUUACAUUAUGAAUCCUACAUACAAUAUACUUCACCUGGAAAGCAAUGGCACCGUCAUCAUCGUCAGAGAGCAUGGACCCGUGGAACAAUGCAGCGACCACACUGUGGAUCUCACCUUGAUCUGCAUGAGCAUCGUGGCAUUUACUGCCCUCUCGUUCAUAUUUGUCGGAGUGAUGAUUAUGAGAUGCAGAAAGUUUAAAAAGCGCUUCACGCCUGGCAGACCUUACGCACCUCCCUUACCUCCAAGACGUCCACAACCUCCCAGACCCAACCACUCUCGGCCCAUUUACCCGCAGCAGCAAACUGCCCAUCACUGCCCAUACAUGAUGACAUCUACAAACGACUACGGCAUCUGGGCCAAUCUACAAUGCUCAGAGUAGACUCAAACCGAUGAUAAAAUCUGAGGCUUGUACAAACAAUUACUGUUUUUGUCUGCAGAAAUGUGUCUCAGCUACCACAUCCUGAAUAAAGCGAGGCUGUAUGUAUGUGUGUGUGUGUGUGUGUGUGUGUGUGUGUGUGUGUGUGUGUGUGUGUGUGUGUGUGAGAGAGAGAGAGAGAGAGAGAGAGAGAGAUCUGUUUGUGAUGGAAAACUGCAAAGCGUGAUUUAUGUAAAGGUUUUUUCCUUGACACAUUAAAACUUUUGAAUGUACUUCAGACUGUCAAGCUAUUAUUUUCUGUCACAUAAAAAAUCUCAAAUGAAUAUGACCAAGACUUUUUGUCUAUUUUGAUACCUUCAUUAAAUUAAAAAGAUUAACAAUCUU